CUUAUUGUGUGAGAGCUCCUGAACCUGUGCUGGGAGGACUGAGAACAUUGUGCAUUGCUAAGGGGUUAACCUCUGCAAAAGGACUGCCUUGCCUUUUUAAUAUGGAGCUUACAACUACAGCAGAUUUUGCCACAGACAGUUCUUCAGUUGUGAAGGCAACAGCAAGCUCUGCUGCGGACGGCCUUGAUACAUCAGUAAUCGCAGGUGUGAUUGCUGCUGUAGUCAUAACUGUCCUGGUUGUGCUGGCACUGAUUGCAGUCUAUUUGUACAAACACAAAGGCAGUUACCGUACCCAUGAGAUGAUAGAAGAGGGAGAGGCGGAUAAGGCUUUACAAGGGAAAACUGUUGAUCCCAGUGAGGAAAAGCAAGAAUACUUCAUGUGAUUUGCACCAAGUGC